GUCAGUCAGCAAUGGCUGCAGCAGAAAUUCCCAGUUACAUUGUUUCUUCUCAGACUGAGAAACACAGAAGGGCCAGAAACUGGACUGAUGCAGAAAUGAGAGGUUUAAUGCUGGUUUGGGAAGAAUUUUUUGAUGAACUGAAACAAACUAAAAGGAAUGCCAAAGUUUAUGAGAAAAUGGCUAACAAACUCUUUGAAAUGACUGGAGAAAUUCGCCACGGAGAGGAAAUAAAGAUAAAAAUUACAAAUAUGACAUUCCAGUACAGGAAAUUAAAAUGCAUGACUGACAGUGAAACAGUUGCACCUGACUGGCCUUACUACAAAACCAUUGAUAGGAUCUUAUCCAAAGUGACAGACCACAGCGAUGUGAAAAUGCAUGAAAAUCAGCAGCCAGGUCCUUCUACAUCACAGACAGAGGCCUCACAGUCUCCAUCAGCUAAGUCUACACCUUUGUACUUGCCAUAUAACCAGUUUACAUAUGAAGGAAGGGAAGAGUGCUUUGAAGAUGAACAUUCAGAGAGCUCAUCCAGCUUACUGUCUUACAAGUUGAGAGCUGAAGAAAGACCAGUCAAGAAAAGAAAAAUGCAAAGCUGCAGCUUCCAAAAGAAGAAGCUAAAAUUAAUGGAGGCCAUGUUGGAAGAACAGAAGAAGUUAAGUAGAGCUAUGGAAGAAACCUGUAGAGAAGUGCGCAGGAUUCUGGAUCAGCAAAAUAUCAUUCAAGUUCAAAGCUUACAGCUACAGGAGAGAAUGAUGAAUCUACUGGAGAAAAUGAUCUCCAAAUCUAAUGUUUAGUUUCCUUUGUGAAUGCCUCUGAGAUUAUUACUGAUAUUAUAGA